AUGUCUGUAAGAAUCAAAUAUACUAGCAUAAUAGAAGCUAAGACUGGAUUGAAAUCGUUGGGUUUAUCAAAAAAAAACAUAUUAGCAUUAGGGAGUGGUGAAGAAGAAGAUUGGUUACUAUUAAACGAAGUGAAUGCAUAAUUUAAUUUGCAUCCUAUUUAAAUUGGCAAGAUGGAGAAGAGAAUGAUCUCUCAAUUAGCAUGGUCUCCAUCAGGACUCUAUUUGGCAACAAGCAAUGAUAAAUUGAUUGUUUGGUAAUUCAAUGGCGGCAAUUUGUCAAUAUCUCGAACCUAUUAAGGACAUAAAUUGGAGAUUACUGCAUUAUGUUGGUCUCCAGAUGAUUAAAGAAUAGCUACUGCCUCUUUAGAUGGAAAUAUCUUUAUUUAUCAUAUCAAAUAAGAUGGAAUCUAACAUAAAAUAGAUUGUGGUUAAAAAACAGUUGGAAUAUGUUGGGAUCCCUUUGACAAAUACAUAGUAUCCUUGAAAUUUGAUAACACAGUAUAAAUUUUUAAAUAUAAGGUCAAUUUUUAUAAAAUAGAUAAUUGGAAACAAGAAAUCACGGUUUCCCUCCAAAUACAUGGCAAAUAAUGUACAACCAAAAGAGAGGAUAGGAAAUUAGAUUGGAGUGUAGAUUGCAGAUAUUUGGCAGUCCCAAAUUUAGAUGAUAAAACUAUCCCAACAGUGGCUAUCUUAGAUCGAAACCAGAAUUUUCAAGUUGUUAGAACGAUAAUUGGUCCAUUCUCAUCAAUCAAUGUUGUUAGAUUUUCACCAAUGUUAUUUAAGAAUAUCAUUGCUAUUGGUGAUAAUGAUGGUAAUAUCAGUUUAUGGUAAAUAAAUGAGAAUUAAGUUGAUGAACAACCAUUUCUGUUGGUUAAGGGUCAUAAAAAGGCUGGAGAACUUAUAGAGGAUAUUACAUGGAAUCAAUAAGGAACUGUUUUAAUGGCUACGACGUCCAAAAAAUAUAUUAUUGUUAUUGAUUUUCAACUGAGUUUGGGCUAGGUUUUAAAUGAAACAGAGAAACAGUAAGCAAUAAAGAGUCUUUACGGAGAUCUUAAAAAUACAAUUAAAUAAAUUAGAUUUUAUUAACCAAAAAUUAAUAAUGACAAUAUCAAAUUUGCAGAUAUGCAAUUAGAAAAUAUAGAUGUCUAAGAUGAAUUGAAGAAUCAAAUUCCUGAUAGCGCAUUUUAAUAAAGAGAAAUUCUUAAAUAAACUUAAACAUAAUUUAAGUAGAUUAUUGUAGAUGGCAAGAAAAAGUUAAUUCCUUUAGAUGUGAAUUCUUCUGAACCUGUUUUCAAAAAGGUUGAAUAACAGUAGCCUUUGUUGAUUAUUUAAUAAUAUGAAAUAUUGCCUAAAAGCUACUCAUUUUCAAUGAAUAACAAAUCUCUUUUGUUGGAAGUUCAAAAAUAAUAAUAAAGAAUAUUCAAUUAAGCUGUCUAUGGAACUUUAAUUAGAUGUAUUGAGAAUAAUACACCAAAGUGGAUUGAUUAUGUAGAGGGGUAAAUAAAGAAUAUUCAAUAUAAUGAUGAUCUAAUUGUCAUAUACACUGAUUAGGCGUUGCUAUACAUUGAAAAUCAUAAAGGAAUGAGGUAGGAGUCACCAUUUAUAUUGCCAUUCUUAAGUUAGAUAGUUUUGAGUCCGAAGAAUUAUAUCUUAUGUCUUUAAAACACUGGAGAAUUUAAAGUCAUCAAUUUAAAUACAAAAACCAUUUCUUAUGAAGGUGAUAUUAAAAUUCUAAUGCAACAUGUUUACGAGUGGAUGGAUUAAAAGCAAUUAUUUAAUGAAGAUGAAAAGAAAGGCAAAUAAAGCAUUGACCCUUUAAUAAAGGCUAAUCUUAAAAUUGAUACUGAAGGAUAUCCCUUAGUUGAAUUUCUAUUUAAAGAUUAUUGUGUUUACACUUAUCAUAAGUAAUUGAGACAAUGGAUUAAAACUAAAUAGAUUGAUGUGAACAAUCAAAAUUAAGAUAUCAAGAAUUUAAAGAAAUUCAACUUUAAUUAAUACUAAACGCCUCCUUAUAAUGAUGCUUAGAUAUAUAAGAGGAUAAUCUAAAAAUCUACAAUUGAAGAUGCAAUAAAUGAUAUUCAAUAAAUAUCGAAAUUGGAGGAACAAUUAAAAAUAUAUUGGUCUGAUGGUGAUAUUAAAACAUAUGAGAAAGCAUUAUAUACCUAUAUUAAGAAAUUAUGUGACACUUGGCCAAACAAUCAAGAGAAAUUAUCAAAUAUCAUUGAAACAAUAAUUACUAAUUACAAUUCUGCUGAAUAUAAGUAUCUGAGUGAACGUGUAUAGGAUAUGGAAGAGCUAAAAAAAAAAAUUAUUUAUAUUCUUCAACAAUUUCCAUAAACAAGAGAUCUAACAUUGUGUCUUUUUCCAGAUCAUUUCUGA